AACUGACGCACCUGUGACAGAUCCAGUUGAAACUGACGCACCUGUGACAGAUCCAGUUGAAACUGACGCACCUGUGACAGAUCCAGUUGAAACUGACGCACCUGUGACAGAUCCAGUUGAAACUGACGCACCUGUGACAGACCCAAUUGAAACGGAUGCACCUCCCGAUUAUCCCGUUACAGAUUCACCAGAUACAGACGCCCCGAGUUACCCUGAUACCGAUGCGCCUAGCUAUCCCGAUACUGAAGCGCCGCCUGAUUACCCUUCUGGAACGGACGCACCUAGUUAUCCGGAUCCCGAACCGCCGAGUUACGGCGGAGAUGAUGGUGGCGAUACAGGAGGAGAUUAUGGCGGAGGAGAAGAUUAUGGUGGGGGUGAUUACGGAGGCAGUGACUAUGGUUUACGACGUCGAAGAAAACGAUCUGUUGCUAUUGUCUCCCCAAAACGUGAACGUCGUUCUGAUUCCGCGUCUGUCCUUGCCGUGAAUGUGCACAAACGUUCAGUGUUCCUUGCAACUGUUACAUCUGCAACAGCAUCUCCAGCAACAACGGUAGCCCGGCGUCGAAGCCUGUUUACUGUCACUUCCACGUCAACAUAUCAUCGUCGACGUAAAUCAACAGCGGCAGCAGUGAGAAAACGUAGAUUCGCUAGUUGA